UUAAAGACAUUUAUGUCUCACUACUGGGUAACCACGAGAUUCCCUUCAUGCAGUUACUAGAAGAGACACGAUACAUCUUGCCAUAUGUAGACACCUACUACCACAAGCGAGACCAUUCCUUACUGGUAGCAUUCCAUAACCCUUUGGGCCUUCAAGCCAAAAGUCAGACCUCUUGGCAGACCAAACUUCACUCUAACGUUGGCUUCCGUAACUACCUCGAUCACGUCACCUCUUCUAUCCAAUCUUGGGUUGACGAGCAAGAGCGAAUCAAAAUAGAAGCCGCAAGGACCCCUACUCCUCCUCCUAUAGUCGUGGAAGAACCCCCUCCCACUUUGAAGGAAGGGAGCAGGUAUGGAUUGAUGACGAGGUCUGAGGUGAACGCCUUGAAGGCGGAAGAGGAAGAGAAGAAUAAGAAAGGAAAAGGGAAGAAGAGUGCACGCAGCAGUAGGUCGCCUGGUCGACGUAGUGCCAAGUCUAGAGGUGGAAAGGAUGAGUCUCCUGAGAAAAAAGACAAAAAAAGAGAAGGUUCGUCAACAAGUCGACCUAAAUCAGGACGCACAUCUUCGGCUAAAGGUUCCUUAUCCGUCAAGAGCUCCUCCAGCAAACACGACAAAAAAGGAGGUCGAUCCAAGUCCCGUACUAGUUGCCAAGACGACACCGAAGAAGACACAUCUUCUCAACCAAUAGAACCUUCCGUUGAGGAACACUACGAUUUCAUUGGCUACAACGUAGGGGACAAAUUGAUCCACGCGUCUGGGUCCCUCACUACUUUGUUCCCUUCAGACGGGGGCCAAAUUCGGGUGGAUAAGAAUUCGUACGUUCAAGGGGCUAAAAACGUAAGGGUCUCGGUGCUCAAGGAUGGGAACGUAUUCGUGCUGCAUUUCGUGGACCCUGUGGGUGAAAUAUUGCCCCAGGAAGAUACCGAACCCGAAGGAAUUAAAAUCAAGGAAGAAAAUAACCAAGAAAGCAAAGAAAAACACGACGACGAGGGAAUAGAAAAAAGCGAAAUCGAAGGAAACGAAAAAGAACAAAAAGAACUUUCCAAAAAGUUCCACAAGGGACCAAAACCAUUUUGUGACUUCAGCUCCUUUGUUGCCCAGUUCAAUGAUGGUAUGAUUCUGACCCAUAGUGGAUAUGGUCCCUCUGGGUCCAUUAUUAGUAAGGAGCUCAAGGAAACAGAGGCGCAACUGAUAUCCAGUAUUGUAGUCCCUGAGGGUGGAGGUGCCGCACAUGGGACCCCAAGUCCUCAGCCUAAAGCUGGGUCGCCGAAAUCUAGGAAAAAGAUGGACGAAGAAAUAAAACGAAUGGAAGAACUUCAACAGCAACAAGAGGAAGAAAAAGCACGACUCGAGGAAGAAGCAAAGAAGCGCGAAGAAGAAGAGAAAAACAAAAAACCGUUCCAGAAUCUGUUCAUUACUUGCCCUGACGGUCUCCACCUGGAUUAUUUCAAUGAUGGUACCUAUCUUAGUGCUCUUGACAAGGGAGGAGUGGCUGUGAGACAGAGAUACCCUAUUAAAGGCCUGGGGAAACAGGAAUGUGAGAAGCCAAGGCAGAAACCUGCUAUGGAGGAAGUAUCUAGGACUGUUCUCACCAAUGGCACUGUCAUUAAGUUCAUGAAAGAUGACUUCGUCCAAGUCCUCUUCCCAGAUGGAGGCAUAAGCAGCUGUCAAUCAUUCCCUACGACCAGUACGUCAUCCAGACCGACCAGCCAACCAACAAGCACAAUUGUUCCUAAACAACCAGAAAUAUCGCCAACUAAAAAGGGACUACGAGCAACGUCUUCUCAAAAGUCCAGCGAGGAACCCCCGGUACCUACCUUGAAUGUACCCGAGAAGGUUGCACAGUGGGUCAGUACGGGAAUCGGUGGGGCAAGGGUCAGGACUAAAGAAGACGGAGAGGUCGAGUCACUUGAUGGGGUGCUGUUUUCCUUGGCCACGUGCCCGGAAAGUGGACAGGUUCUGCGCACGCGCGAAGAUAACGUAGUAAUCGUUGAACGUCCUGACGGAACUCUGAUCGUAGAACACGCAGAUGGAACUCGAAUCACUACAUUCUACCAAGAACUACAGACUCAGACCCAGGUUCCCGACAACGAGACGGGCGAAGAAGCCCUGUACAAAACGAUCAAUGGAAAAUUUGUUCGAGUCGAGUGCCCUGGUUUUGCUUCCUUGACGUUUAAUUGUCACGAGGGAUCGUGCGGGACUGUGUUUGGUAACGGUGUGUAUAUGGAGACAUUGGCUAAUGGUGUGACGACUGUUGAGAGGGUUGAUGGAUCACAGCUUCACAUCGAUGCUACAGGUGUGGUGUCAUUUGCUCCACGCGAACUAACCGGCAAAAUCGAUUUAUCAAUACCCGCGCCCACGAACCAACCAACAGACAUUCCAGCGGGCGUUUAUGUCAUGCGCAGCACACAGCAAAACUGUUGUGAAACGAAGGAUAUACGUGGAACUCAUUUUAGUGUCGCUUCGAAUGGAAAAAUGUCUAUUGAUAAGAAAGAACCACAAGAGGUAAAGGACGAUAAUGGUGCUACCACGGAAAAGAAAAUUGAAUCUACUCAUAUUGAGCGAGCCGUCCCUCAGACAACCUUGGUGCCUCGUUAUUUUAUCAUUCACUCGGAUGGCUCUGGGUCCGAACUACUGCGUCAUGCUGACGUCAGGGAGUUUUUGUCCCGGGCUGAAAAAGAUCCUGCAACUGCAGUUUUGAGGUCCCCUGUUGAGGGAGAUCACGAAGCAACUGGUGUUACCAUAUUGAAGCCAUAUGCUGGCGGAAUUAGCAAAGAAUGGUUUCUCCAGAAGAUCGAGGAUGUCAUCAUACCGGGCGCUCUCCGUGAACGAGAUUUUACUGCCUUCCCCGCCCGGCACGAAAAACGUCCUGGUCCAGUUUUUGGUACCAAUGUUGGUGCCGGUGUCAAUGUUGGUACGAUCAUCAAAAAUAAGCCAUCAAUUCCUCCAAUCACGUGCCCACCUGCCUUUGAAUUCCGUCAGCUGAUCGAGUACAAGCGUCUAACGGACGAUCAGCGACAACAGAUUGUUACUUGUAUGAAAGAGUAUAGCGAGUAUGUGACAAAAAGGCAGGAAAAACUCGAUGCUAUUCUACCACAGGACCCCCGUGAUGAAAGCGAGAAGCUCAUCGCGGAGAAGUUGGACCUAAAGAUGACAGCAGCAGAAAAGGAAGUCAAGGAAGAGAGUGACUCUAAAGAUGUAGACAGCCAUCCUGAAGAAAAAGAACCGGAACCAGGGGAAGAAAAGGCAGAAAUCAAGGACGGAAUAAAAGAAGUGAUUGAUUCUAUGUCAGGUAAAAUUCAAGGAGAGUCCGUAGGUCAACAGUAUGUGGAUGCAAUCACACCUGCUCCAGUCCCCCGUCCUCCACCACCCCGCUGGAAAAGAUCGAGAUCAGAAUGGGAACGAGACAAGAUUGAACUGGCCGAACUGGAGUAUGGGAAGAAUGCUCUGAAAAAUCAUGAAGUUCCGCCUUAUUUUGAAACUGCGCGAGGUCAAGAAUUUCUUCAUCGCGCGUACGACAACCUUCCAGAUCUGGACACCCUGACAUCGAGACUGGCUGAACAAACCCGUCACCCACCCCCAGGGGAAGGCAGUGCAUCAGAGACAUCAAGAUCUGACUCUGGUGGCGAAGAAUUAAAGCAGAAAUUCACACAGGAAUUUUGCAGCCCUGAGAUCGCUCAAGUGACAAACGCUUCGGCAAAUAACGAGAAUGAGAGCUCACCAUCAGCUAACGGCAAUACCUUAUCUCCUAAUAACUUACGACCUACUAACCCCACCCCUGCUCAUGCUACUGGCGACGGCACCCCUACCCCCUUGAGACCAAACAACCCAACACCUGCGCAUGCGUCUAAACCUUCCAAUCCAAGACCCAGUAACCCAACGCCAAAACAUGCCGAGGGUCAGAGAGAGGAACUGGAAUCGAGUAAUGAUGCGUCGCCUGUAUUUGAGGAGCAACAACAAUGGCGGAGUAACUUGGAAUCUGUACGAGAGAUUGAGAGUACCCAUGACGAACAGCAUGAUGGGAUAGUAACCCAGAGCAAUAAUUCCUCAGAAAACAGUGAAGUGAUCACUGACACACCUGGAAAUCCCAAGGUAGGAGCCAAGAGCCUAUACAUGGAUGUAACUGGUGGCGUUAGAAAGGACAAAGUCAAACUACCAACCUCUAUUCUCAGCUCUAAGCCUGGCGCAUUACUAAACUCUCAGUUUCUAGAAACUGAGGACCCCGUUCGUCGUCGCGUACAUACCGUGUCCGUUGCCGGUGGUAACAAGAUUUCUCCAGGACGCGUAGAAGCCCUACGAGGUUUCGAAAUGUUUCCACCCAAAGUCUCGUUUGGAGUUCUUAAAGAAGGCUGCACUUACAUCCAUAGUGUUAUUAUGAAGAAUGUGGGAAUCGAUAGCUGUAGGUUUAAGAUCAAACAGCCUCCAUUAUCGACAGGACUGCGUGUCUUAUACAAUCCAGGACCGGUUGCAGCAGGCAUGAAUACUAAGCUUGAUAUCGAGAUAUUCGCAGUAGCUGUUGGUGUUGUUGGCGAUUCAGGUGUGGGUCAAAUAGGACACCAUGUGGAAAUAGUCACAGAGACAGACGUCAUUUACCUUCCUGUAUAUGCAACUAUCAUGACAGCAUAUGAAUACGAGAACCGCUAUGGUGACCAAGAUAGUGGUCUCACCAACGGAACAAACCGAGUACCAAACAGACCACCUUCGCGGGAUCCAACGCGACCCAGGAAAUCUGUUGAAUAUGCCCUGAUCAAUCAAGAAACCAUCUAAAUACUUGAAUCUUCUCCUUGCUCAAGCUUAGUUAAUAAUUAUUGUCCUUUCAUGCCUAUCACUGAACACUUUGAGUUUGUUAUAUUUAUGUAAGGGGUGCUUUUUCAUAACAAAAGACGAAUAAAAAUUGUACAUAUUUUGUUA